GCGAGGCAGGAUUCAAAUAGGUAGAGGCACGCCUCAGCAACUUACUUUGAAUGUGAAAUACGGUUGAGUAUGUGAUCGGAGUGAACACUAUACUUUCUUUCGAAUGGUAGCAUAGAACUGACAGUUCAGAAAACGCUCGGUUUGGCGCCGUGACGGUGUUUCUUUAGUUUGGAUACUGUGAACUAGUCGUCGAACUCUGUAGGUAAACCGGGCAAACAGUAAAUAAUCAAUAGUUUGUCUCCAGGCCACGCGUCGUCUGGGAAGUUUGCAUUUCAGUCAUGUCGGAACAAAGGAACAUUUAAUUUCUUACAAUUUCGGCACGUCUAUCUUUUUGUCCUCCAGGAUCUGCUUUUUCUACUUCAAGGGGAUUUGACAACGUUUCUUAUAAGGCCACAGUAAACAGACACUAUGCUGCAGCAGAUUCUAACAGACAUGUACAUUGAGCCAGAGCUCUUGGCAGAACUAAAUGAGGAGCAGAAACAAGUGCUAUUCUUUAAGAUGAGGGAGGAGCAGGUACGGCGGUGGAAAGAGAGGGAGGCCAGAUUGGAGAAGGAGGAGACAGCAGUACGCAAACCCAAGAAAGCUGGUGGUAAGACUGUGUCGUGGAUGCAGGGGUCAGACAAUGAUGUAUGGGUGUGGGUGAUGGGAGAACACCCAAAUGACAAGUCCUAUGAUCAAAUCUGUGAUGAGAUCAUGGCAGAGAGAGCAGCACUCCAAGCCCAAAGAGAGGCAGAGGAGCUAAGGGCUAAGAAGGAAGCUGAGCUGGAGAAGCGGUUCUCCUCCAUAUAUCUGGACCCAGAGGUGCUGGCAUUGACAGAUGAAGAGCAGAGACAAGAAAAGGCCAGGCAAGAGCAGGCCCAGAAGGAGGCAGAGAGACAGGAGCAGGAGCGUCAGGAACAGCUGAGGCUGGACCAGGAGAGGCAGGAGAGAGCGAAGCAGGAACAGGCAAGACAAGAGGAGCAGAAGCAGGAGCAGGCCCGACAAGCUGCCGCCCUUGAGGAACUCAAGAGAAGAGAGGCCGAGGAGAGACGUAAGGCAGAGGAGGAGCUGCGUAGGCUGGAGGAAGAACGAGCCCGGCAGAUCUACAUGGACCUGAAAAAGGUGCAAAACCAUGAGAAGGAGGACAAGGAGUGGCAGGAGACAUUGCGAAAAUCAAAGGUUGCUGACUUGCGGAGAAGGUCACUGGCCAAGCAGACAAGAGAGGAUCACAAGAGAAGGUCACUAAAGGCUUUAGAGUCUGGCCGUGUUGCUGCUAUGACUAAGGCCUUUGGAGGAGAAAAGCCAACUGCUCCACCCAAGCCCAAACCCAGGAACCUCACACUUACCAGUGAUUUAAUUCAGAAGCCAGGUGUGUGCCGUUCAUUGUCAACCUCCAGCAGAGAACAAAUCAUAUGUUGGUUCCGGGAUGAGCAGUUGCCCUUAAGAGCUGGAUUCCAGAAGGACCAGAGUCGUAUAGCACCCUGGUUCCAUGGAAUUAUUACACGAGAGGAAGCUGAGACCCUUCUGAGUGAAAAAGGUCCUGGGCAUUUCCUGGUCCGUGUCAGUGAGAAGAUCAGGGGAUAUGUCAUUUCUUAUCGGUGUCAAGACGGAUUUAAGCACUUCCUCAUUGACGCCACAGAAAACUGUUACAUGCUGCUUGGAGACCAGCUAAAAUUCGCAACACUGGCGGAACUGGUAGAAUACCAUGAGGAGGAACCCAUCACCUCAUUAGGAGGGGAGUGUCUGCGGCAUGCAUGUGGACAGAAGCAAGGCUGUGUGGACUAUGCUGAUCUCUUCACCUAAGCCACAGGCCUGAGAGAGGCACUGAGGACCAGAGCAAAGUGAUAGCAGGGGAGAGGCUCUUUAUAGCAGACACUACACUACACAUACCAUGGGUUUAUGCUCUGACGACACAGGCUAGGGUGCACAUCUAAUGGACAAAUAACUUUACUGCUGAAACAUUUAUUUGAUAAUGCCCAGUAGUGAAUUCGAUUAAGGAUUGAGACUUGUUAUGGACUGGAAUGCAAAUGUCUGUGAUUUUAAACCCAAUUAUGCUCCACCAAAUACUGCAUCGGGCAUCUAUUAAAAAAAAAAAAAUCAUGGAAAAUGGAAAUUUGAACCUUUUUUUGGAACAUUCUCUUAAUGCUUAUUUAUCAAAUUAUCUCGGAUGUCUUUAAUGAGGAAUGAAAUCAAAGAGUGAUCCCAGAUCACCAGUAUCUCUUUCCCUGACCCUGGCCCACCUCAGGUUAACAAUAUCCAUACUGUAACAAGCACUUCAACCUCACUGGGGCAACUUCUUUUACGUGCAUUUAUUACUAAUAUACUAUGAAGUGUAAUGCUCAGGUUGGAUAUUGUAUAGCGUGCGAUCUGGGGAGUCGUUAAGAAGCGCUGCCCUGAAAUGCAUUAAUAAGCAUUUGCUGAGCAAGGUCUCUGGAGAUUCAGACAGACUAAUGGGCAUUAAUGUAUUUCUCUAUUUGUUCUGUACAGGGGACUAAACUGUGGAAGAAUAAAAAAAAAACAUA